CAUGUGCGCCCUUGCAGAUACAUCAUCAGCUUGACUAUCUUGACCCGUUCAAAGAGGACAGACAGAGGAUACCAAAACUCAACACUUUCUCUUUAUACAAUUGACGAAAUAACGACCGCUUAAAUGAACUUUGACGACGACGACGCCCCGCCAGACCUGAUUGGUGCUGAUGAAACAGUAGAAGUACCAGAAGAAAAAGCGAAAAAGGUGCCAAUCACAAUAGUAACAGGAUACCUUGGAGCUGGGAAAACCACACUGCUCAACUACAUCCUGACUGCAAAGCAUGGCAAAAAGGUUGCUGUGAUUAUGAAUGGACACAGCUCAGCUUUGGACAUUGAAAAGUCCUUGACUGUGAAUAAGGAUGGCGAGGCUGUGGAAGAGUGGUUAGAGGUGGGCAACGGAUGCAUCUGCUGCUCCGUGAAAGACACAGGCGUGAACGCCAUCGAGUCUCUGAUGGAAAAGAAGGGAAAGUUCGACUACAUCUUGCUCGAAACAACAGGGUUGGCUGAUCCGGGCAAUCUGGCGCCGCUAUUCUGGGUUGAUGACGGGCUGGCGAGCACCAUUUAUCUAGAUGGCAUCGUGACCCUCGUUGAUGCCAAGAAUAUCCUUCGCAGCUUGGAUGAUCCUGCGGGCAAAGUGGAAGGUCAUGAAGACUCUGAUGAUCAUGGACCAGUCAUGACCACUGCUCACGUGCAGAUUUCACACGCCGAUGUCAUCGUCAUCAACAAGUCUGACCUUGUGAGCGGAGAAGGGUUGGAAGCCGUCAGGGAGCGCAUCACAUCCAUCAAUGGGCUGGCCAAGAUAUUCGUCACCUCGCAAAGUGUUGUGCCUGAUCUGGAGGGAUUCUUGCUCGACUUGCACGCAUAUGACAGUGUCGAUGAACUUGACCGUGCAGGACGUGGGCACAGCCACCUCGAUAAAACCAUCUCAACAUUGUCAAUCCCUCUCGAGGAGCUGACGACCAACCAACUGACGGCAGUAGACGCCUGGCUGCGCUCGGUGCUGUGGGAGAAUGAGCUUCCUGGGAACAAGGCGGCCAAUGGGCCAGCUUUUGAGAUCCAUCGGGUGAAGGGGCGGCUAUUUAUCGAGGAUGGGGCUGAAAAGAUGGUCCAGGGAGUGAGAGAGAUUUUCGAUAUCUUUGACAGCCCCGCGCCGUCAUCUGGUGAUGUACCCCGGAAAGGCAAGCUGGUGUUGAUUGGGCGACAUCUGACAGACUUGGACUUUGAGAAGAGUCUGUUAGAUGCUGUUCAGACGGCGGCUUAGAUAGGCACUCUGAAAGAUGAAUGAAGAGUGAAAAUAAACUCAUUUGCCGGUGCCAGUUGAC